GAGCGUCUUGGAUUAAUGCUUUUGUUUUUUUUUGUUUGUUUUUCAGGUGCCGUUCUCUGUCAACUGGAGGAUCUGGAUUUGGACAAUGUCAAGAACCAGAUUCCCGGAUUGGAGAACUUCAACCAGAGUGCCUUGCCGCAGAAGGAGGAAGUCGAGAAAGCUUUGAGGGAGAAGUGCAAGAAGAACGGAGACGAAAACUCCUUCGACGAUAUCGUGAAUUCAAAGGAUGCGGUGCAGGAGUGCGUGCAGAAAUACGUAAACCAAACUGUGAUCAUGGAGGAGCUGGAGGUGGCCAAGAAGGACGGAUCCAUGGACGAGGUGUUCGGAAAGUACUGCAAGAAGAGGCCCGAGAUUAUGGCGUGCGUGACGGACGUGCUGAAGAAGGUGGAGAAGUGUCUGGAGCCGGAGGAGAAGACCAGUCUGAAGGUCCUCAUCAACGUCGUCGACAAAGUGGGAAACUUCUCGUGCUUCAAGGAUGGAGACCGUUUGGCAUUGUUCGUAGCUGAAAGCGGUUUGGAAUGUCUGGAACAAUCCAAAGACGGAAUUCAGUUCUGCGCCAACCAAACUUUCCAGUCGAGAGUCCCGAAGGAUCUGUCCAUAACCAACUUACCUAUCUUCACCAUCGGCGAACAGGAAUGCAGCGACAUGGAAAAGUUCCAGGUGUGCGCGGUCAAGGAGUUCGAGAAGUGCGAGAGUAACACCCCAGCGAACGUGAUCGAGGCCCUCUUCAAGUUCAUAAGGCGCGAGACGCCCUGCAAGAACUUCGAUUCGGCGAAGCCGGCAGCCACCCGCUGGUUGUCGAAGAGAUCGGAUCAGGUUGAGGAAGAAAAGGGUUUCGCGUUCAUCAAGAGUUUGAACGCGAAGUGCACCAAGUACGCCGGACCUAACGCCUACAAAGAUCUGGAGACGUCCGCGCAGAUGCUGAGGAAGAACAUCCAGGAUAACCUGCAGCUGGGAUGCAAGGGUCUGAUCGAGGUGCGAAACCUCAGCAGUCCAGUCAUCAAUAAGCUGCGGGUUUGUCUUCCGCCGCAGGAGAGUUACAUUCCCACGUUCGCCCAUUCCGCCAUCGAUUCCGUGCUCAAGUACCUAUGCGACAACGAUGGAGACAACUACAGAAAGGUGAUGAGGCCCGACGCUCUUACCUGUCUCUUCUCCAACAACAAGGCUUUUGGAAGCUGCCUGGACGCCACCAAAGUUAGGACGGCCGAUUCCAACAUAGUCACCAAGAACGAACUGUGCGAGAAAUUGGAUACGGCCAAGGUGUGCCUAUCCUCGUACGUGUCGAACCACUGUUCGCAAAUCGCUGACUUCAAGGAAGUUACCGUUGGAAUCAUGGAAUCGAUGAAGGAACCUUGCUCCUCCGGUUCCCUUCCCCAAUCGAACAUCCUGCAUUUAACGAUCGCCCUGAUAUUCGUGUCCUUUUGCAAACUCUUCGUUUGAAGCGAACACUGCCAGAUAAACAAACAAACAUACACACGCACGCAAAAGAAAAUGAAAAGAAAAACGACGUGUACAUAUUGUAAGUAUAUAUUUAACCAACAACUCUCCCAUACCUUAAAUAUUCAAUAACUUAAGCAAAUUAAGAAUCAAAUCUAGAGAUUGAGUGAAAUUUCUUUUUUAAGGACGAAAGCGUUACUUUUCUUCCUAUUGUCGAAUGUUGAUAAUUUUACUAUAUCAUACAUACACUAAUCAAUGAUUGAUUAUUUAAGUACUACACUUAAAUCGUGAUUUAGGAAAUUAUUUGGGCCAAAAACGAAGCUCGUUCUCUACUCUCCCUCUUCAUGUCUCUAUAUAUUUCGCACGAGGGAGAAAGCCUUUCGAGAUGCUAACUGUGUCAAAAAAACAAACAAACGAGAGACGAACAAGACACCAAAAGCAAACAAAAAAAAAUUGAAUCGCAAAAUAUAUUUUAGAUUAAUUAUACACAUUUAUAUUUAUACAUAAGUGCGAUGAAAUCGAGCGGCGAAGUUCUGCUGAAAUCUGAAGUUAUCACUAAAUACUGUUGAUUCGAUCUGUAAAUUAGUCUGUAGUCUUUCGUAAUCAAGUUAACAACAUGUGAUAGACAAUUGAAUAGGCGGUGUUUUGUUUUGU